UUUAUUAUCUUAUCUUAGAGGUGUCCCUGUUUCCUAUUGGAAUUGGUAAUGGGUAUGAUGAACAACAACUCAGGACUUUGACUGGGCCAUCAGCUGUUAAUAGAAUCACGAAACUCCAGAAUUUUGAAGACUUAUCCACUAUGGUCACAUUAAAUAGUGAAUUUAUCAAUAAAGUGUGCAUGGACCUUGUCAGAGAAUGUAUAGAUGAGGAUGGAAACAAAAAGAAACCUGGUGACAAAUGGACAUUACUAGAUCAGUGCCACACUGUGACGUGCUUCCCAGGUGAUUACACAGUUUUGGAGAGUCACCAAAUCAAUUGUGAGAGGAUGCCAAAACCUGCGUGUCACAGCAAUCUUCCAGCUGUUAAGGUUGAAGAGACUUGUGGCUGCCGAUGGAUGUGUCCGUGUGUCUGUAUGGGAAGUUCAUCUCGACAUAUUGUGACUUUUGAUGGGCUUAAUUUUAAGCUCACCAGCAAUUGCUCCUACACCUUGUUUCAGGAUAUACAACAUGAUGUUGAAGUUCUUCUCCAUGAAGGACCAUGCAGAGCUAUACCAAAGAUGAACUGUAUGGAUGCUAUUGAAGUGAAACAUCGUGGUGUAUCCAUUCAGCUCUUCAGUAAUAUGACAGUGACUGUUGAUGGUGAAAGCAUUCAUAUUCCCUACUCUAGCAGUUUGUUUGAAGUCACUGUCUAUGGAGCAAUCAUGCAUGAAAUCAAGUUCUCCCAUCUUUGCCAUAAUCUCACAUUUACUCCAAGAAAUAAUGAAUUUAUUCUUAAACUUAAUCCAAAGAGCUUUUCUUCAGAAACACAAGGGCUUUGUGGAGUAUGUGACCAGAACCAUGCCAAUGACUUCAUGUUACGUGAUGGCACAGUUACUGCUAACAGUGAGGCAUUUAUUCGAGAAUGGACAGUGAAAGAGAUGGGGAAGGUCUGUGAAAUCCAGAGAGAAGAUGACGAGUGCUCUGAGCGUGCCAUCAGUCAUUGCCACCUUCUGCUCUCUGAUCAGUUUUCAGCAUGCCACAGGAUAAUACCCCCAGACAUGUUCUAUGAUGCCUGUGAAGAGAGCAGCUGCUAUGAGGAAGAAGCCUGUGAGAUGAUAACUUCUUAUGCUCACAUCUGCAGAGAAAAUGGGAUCUGCAUAGACUGGAGAACACCUGAGUUCUGUCGUAAGGGGUUUUCCAUAUACUAAAACUGGUACAGAAACUGCCUGAUUUAGUGCAACAUUACUUUUUGAAUAUCAUGUAAUGAGGCAGAUCAAGUUUUCAUGUAUAAGUGGUAUUAAAGAUCUGUAGCUGGCUCAUCAUCUACUAAGUUGCAUGUUAUGGAAAAAGUGUUUCUUAUAACAUGCUAACUAGUGAAAUACAGGGCACUUAUGCAAGGCUGGACGAAUAACCUAUGAAAAAAAUGCAGCCAUGUGAUAGUAUCUGACUUCACAGCACACUGUCAUGGGGUCAUGUUUGAAUUGCCCUCAUUUUCCUGGUUACUUGCAGAUAUAAUUGAUUUGAUACAGACAUUACAGGAUCUGAGCAAGACAGGCAGGGAAGCUAAUAAUUUGUGCUGGUGGAAUUCCUUCCCAGCCUGUUAACCUUUUUUUUUUUUUUUGUUUGUGCCGAUUGCACAAAAUUAGACUUUUCCGAAUUUUGUUUUUGAACAUAUUUGUAUGAGCAAUAGUCUUUGGGAAUUCCCCAUGUUUCAACCAAAGCCUGAGGCUUUCAGGCUUUCAGGCUUUGGUGGAUUUUUAAGCUUCCACUGUACUUAAAAAAUGGGGAAAUAGCUAUGAACUGUGGUGUCUUCUAUCUACACUGCCCAAGCUAUCUUUAAGUUGCUUUGCAAAUCUGGUUCUCCUUCUCUCUGUGUUUUACUUCUCUAUUGAAGGAGAAGAGUUUAAAUGUUAUGAGAAAACAGUGUAGCAGGAUGCUGGCCUUGCAAAUGCCCAGAGCCUAAUAGAGGUAGUAGUAGUAAACUCAUCCAGUUGUUGUUUCAUAUACUUACUUCUCAAAAUUCUUAUAGGCCCAAGAAAUUCUGCCCUGUUUUCUGUUUUUUUUUUUUCUUUUCUUUCCUGAAAGCCCUAUUAUGAAGGAUCUGCCAAAAAAGUACCCUGUAUAUUAAAUGACUCUUGAGGUGGCAUAUUCUAUGCUCAUAGAAUUAUGCUGUUAAUCUGUAGCAAUUAUUGCUGGCAUUUAGAUAUUCACUUGCAGCAUUUCUGGCAUUUAAUGGACCUGGAAUGCAUAUAUGUCUAGAUUGAGAGACAUUUUCUCUCCCAGCUAGUCCAGCAUACAGUGUCUUCAUAUCCCAUUUGUUUUUUGCAUCUGAUUUUUGUAGGUAUGUGUAAUCAUUUUUUUUUUUUUUAUGGCCUUGUUUCCCUUCCUUUUUGUUCCCAGAUGUUUUUACUUCAGAAUUAGAAAGCUAGCACCUUGAAUGCAUGAUACCACAAAAUCUCAGUACAUAUUUUGGUUUGGUUUGAGAUCAGAUUGAGGGAAUUAUGGAAUAUAUUGUCAAGAAUGUGAAAUUGGCCCGUACAUCCAAUUAAUUUCUCUAAUCUCUUUCUAGAAUAGGUUAUUGAACAACAUAUUACUGUUUCAUACUGGUUCUUUUAAGAAACAAAACUCUGUUUGAAAUAUCGACCAAGUAGAAUAUUGCCUGUAAUUUUCCAAACUUAGUGCUUUGUAAGAUUUUACAAAUUGUGAUGUCCAAGUACUUUAAUAGCUCUGUAACCUUCAAAUUUCCAUCUUUCUUAUACAGCAUAUACCAGAAUAGACAAAGAAUUGCCAAUUUUAAUGAUACUUGUGUAAAGAAGAUGUUAGUGGCCUAAGAAUAGUAUCAUCUUUUUACUUCAAGUAAAAUUAAAAUUGCUAAUUACAAGGAUGUUGUACAGGGUACAUUAAUGAUUAAACAGUGCAACCUAAAUUCUCAAACACUACAUAUUUAAUAAAAAUGGCAUGGUUCUGGA